AUGACAGAACUUGAAGAGAGAAUUGAAGCUUAUGAGCGACUGUGGAAUACCCUCUUUGGAGGCUAUUCCCUCGACGAUGCGUAUAUGGAUAUGAUCAAUCACGGUGUCAAGGACGCCAGUGAUCGUGCUAGAGCUUCCUUGCUGACCGAAGGAACAUAUCCUAGAAACAUAGCGAAGCAUCCAAAUCAGCAUCAGAUUGAACCUCAGGCAGUGUUUGCUCCACCCCACUUACCCGAACCUCACAUUCCUGGAACUAGGUUAUCACCGAUCUUACCUGCUGUAUCAAUUCCGCCCACCCGUUUGCCGUCGACCGAACUGGACCUGCCACAACAACAGUCCAAUCCUGAUGGAGAUGAUGGGGAUUUCGAGUGGCAGGAAGAAACGAAUCGAAAUACCGAUCCAACCGCUGAUUAUCAGCAGAUAGGAAAUCUCGGGAUUCAGUCCGACGCAGGGAUGGCGAGCCUUCGAUCUUCUGGGAAAGGUGCUAGCUACCUAGGUUUAUCUUCAGGAGCGACUUUUCUCAAUGCCAUCAGAAGGUUGUCGCCAAAGUCUGUGCAAGGUCUGACACCGAUCGGAGCUUUCGUCACUUCCGGCUCAUUAGUCAUGGGAGGAUGGUCAGGUAUGACGCAAGAGUGGACAAGUCAGCCCUGUAAACAAGUCACACUUCCGCCAUCGAUGGAAACAAGACCAUUAGUGGAGAGCUAUUUCCGGUAUUUCCAUCAUCUCACUCCGCUGGUACACGAACCGACAGUCCGGGCACAGCUUAGUGGUGCCCUCCCUAUCCUCAAACCCGGAUCAGACGUUCUGAUGUACAUGAUCUUUGCCAUGGGCGCCCUAGAUCUCGCGCAAACUGAAGAAGACGAUGAUGGCUAUCGGUAUUAUCAGAUCGCACGGCAUUCGAUGGACCGCGAGAUACUGGAGGGAGGGACAUUGCCCCUUGUGCAAGGAUUAGCUAUUAUGGCAAAUUAUUUGCAGCGGAGUAAUCGACCAAACGCCGGCUACCUAUGUCUUGGAAUGGCUAUACGUAUGGCUACUGCAUUGGGGCUGCAUAUACCAGCUACAAGUAAUCGACACACUCCGCUAGAAAAAGAAAUUCGAGUAAGGGCUUGGUGGUCCAUUGUCACCCUGGAAGCUGGGUGCGCUGUUACUUUCGGUCGGCCUCAUGCUCACAGCCCCCUUCAACUGGCCGGUAUGCCUCUACCUAUCAACUGUGACGACGAACAUAUGACGGUUUCUACCACCAUGCAACCCGCCCAAUGCGAUCGACCCACAUUGUACACAGCCCUUAUUGUUCAAGCUAGAUUGGCCAAAGUGACAUGCGGCUUACACGAUCGCAUACUUCAAUCACACCCCGCGCCUUCGGUCGAUCAAGUGAGGCGUUAUGAUCAACGCAUUGUAUCGGCUCUUCAACAUGAUUUGGGGUCCAUGCAGAUGCACGCCAACGAACCGUAUCAUCUCGCCAGAGCAGUGCAGAUGUGGAGGACCAGGGAUUUCCGAGCGAUAUUACAUCGACCGAUACUGUUGGCGGCAGCGUGGGACACUAGUGGUACCAAGGCAUUAUUACCGGGGAUCAGGGAGUGCAUCGACUCUUGUCGUGACCUUGCUCUUGCCAAUCUGCAGGACAUCGAGCAAUACGUGCUCAACCAACCAAAUCACGAAAGAGGCUCAGAGUGGUAUACGCUGUACUUCGCCUUCCAGGCAUCAUUGACCCUGCUCCUAUCCAUCGUGUGGGAGCCACAUCAUCCUGCUGCUAAUCACUGGGGAAGGAUUCUCACAUCCACGGCCUCCUGGUUCAGGCAGAUCCGAUCGAUGAAGACCCUCGCAUCUUCCUAUGCUUCUGUACUGGAGAGUGUGGUUGGAACAGUACCGUCUCCUAGCAUGAUAGAUCAAUUGACACAGGCAAUCGGCGAUCCAUCGGCAAGUACGUGGUCAGAGACAGGCAAUUCGUCAAACGCCAACGACAGCACAAUCGAUCAAAGCGGACUGGAUUUUGAGCGAUAUUGGAUGGAGCUCUGGGGUAAUGAUGCUGCGAUAACGAACAGUGUGUGGCCAGAAUCAGGUACAGAUACUCAGCCCGGCUGGCAGUUCUAG